AUGACCACGACAUCAUCGACAUUUCCCUACCCCUACGCCGCGGCACCCGACAUAAUACGCGCCCAUCAGAAAGACGCCUACUUCAAGGGCACCCUCUCCAACACGCUCUCCGACAUUCAUCGCCGUCUCCUCGGCGCCCGCUCCGCCCACGCCCACCUGCCAACAACGCGCGCCUUUGCCGAGACGCUCUACCUCUCGCUGACGACACUCGUCGGCAACCGCACGCUCGGCGAGGAAUACUGCGACGUCAUCCAGGUCGACACGUCGCGCCACGGCGCCGCCCGUCUGCCCGCGCUGUCCCGGCGCGCCGCCUACAUCCUCGCGAGCGUGCUGCUCCCGCACCUCGGCGCCCGCGCCCUGCCCUCGCUGCGCACCCGCCUGCGCCUCUACCUCGAGGGCCGCCUGCACACAGCCCGCAACAGGGGCCGGCCGCGCGACGCCGCCGUGUGCCGCUACCUCCUCGCCCACCUGCCGACCUACACCUCGGCCGCGCCCCUGCACGCCCUGACCCUCGCCACCUUUUACUUCUCCGGCACCUACUACGAGCUCGCCAAGCGCCUCCUCGGCUUCCGCUACCUCUUCACCCGCACCGUGCCCUCGACCCCCGACCGCGCCGGCUACGAGCUCCUCGGCCUGCUGCUCGUCAUCCAGCUCGCCGUGCAGUCCUACCUCCACGUCCGCCAGACCCUCGCCUCCUCGGCCGACGAAGCAGCAGCAGCAGCGGCGGCGACAGCGGCCGCAGACCGCCGCGACGCCUCGUCCCCCUCCGCCACCGACGUCUCCAUGUCCGACAACGCCUACGUCCCCAACAUGCCCGCGUCGAUAUCGCCGCCCUGA